UUCGGUUCGGUCGCGGAACGGGGGGCAUCAGAUGUUUUGGGAAACGAAGCCGGAAGGCGGGCGCGGGGUGUCUGCACCGCGGUGUCUGGGGAGAGCGCUCCGGGCCGCGCCCGGGGCCGAGGAACUUCCAGGGCGGCUUUGGUGGUCUUGGCGCUUUGUUUCUAUUUUAAAAUCCGCUUGAGAGAGUCUCACCCCGGGAGAAGUUAACCGAAAGCCGGCAUUACCAGCACCGGGGAGAGGCCGGGUCCUGGCGACCCCCCUGCGCCCUCGCCGCCGGCCACGCUCCCUAGAGCCGCCCGUCUCCCCGCAGCGCCCGCAGGGGCGCGCUGGUCGCCGGGGUUUAGGGAGGGGGCGUCGCGCCGAGGCGGGGGCGUGUGCCUGUCCGGGUGUCUGCGAGGACCCCGAGCCGCACCAGGGUCUCUGGGCUCCGGUGGCGCGAGGAAAGGAACGCGCUUUGGGAGGAAACCCGAGGCUGACGUCGGUGUGAGGGAACCUGGAAGCGGGCAGUGUGAGACUGUCUUCCCUGCGACUCCGGGAUGUCACCGCUCGCGCUUCCCCAUCGCCCCUCCAGGGAGCAAACCGGGGAACGUGGGCCGGGUGUUCACACGCGAGUUUGGAAGCGAGGGAUUCCAGGCACAUCUGCAACACAGAGCUGUCAGAGGCCUUCGCGCGCGAGACCUUUGGUACCUUUUUACCCUCUCCUUGCACUCGGGAGGCCGGUAGUGUAGAAGGUGGACACGCUUACUUCCUCUUAGAACUUCGGAAGUGAAAGAGACCUGGAAAUGAGAGUAUGCCGCUUUCUAAUGGAAAUGGCUUUGUUAGGUGCUCCCAGUGCCUGCCGGCACCCGAGUCAGGGUUUUCUCUGCUUUCAGAGAUCAGUUCUAUUCAUUUUUAGGGCAGGGACUGGAAACAGGUGGGAAUAAAUCUUAGUUUUGAGUCAGUGGCGUUGAUGUAGAGAAGAGACUGUUUUCAGGGAGAGCAAGUUCUGUACAUUUCUCGGGACUCCUGUUAGUUGAGACCACGUGCCUGUUAAUCAUGGGCAUCUUCACGUCCCUUGGCCACCGUUGGAGAAGUGACCCCCAUCUCAUCACCAUCUAUGAGACUGUCGUCUGGGAGGUGUUGGCCGAGCGCUUGUGUAGCUGCCAAAUGCUGUUAAAUCAGCUGAGAGAAAUCACGGGCAUUCAGGACCCUUCCUUCCUUCAAGAAGCUCUGAAGGCCAGUAAUGGUGACAUCACUCUGGCAGUCAGUCUUCUCACAGAUGAAAGGGUGAAGGAGCCCAGUCAGGACCCUGUUGCUACAGAACCAUCUGAGGCAGAGCGGAGUGCUGCCAACAAAGAAGUAUUAGCAAAAGUAAUAGACCUUACUCAUGAGAACAAAGAUGAUCUUCAGGCUGCCAUUGCUUUGAGUCUACUGGAGUCCCCCAAAGUUCAAACUGAUGGAAGAGAUCUUAACAGGAUGCACGAGGCAACCUCUGCAGAAACUAAACGCUCAAAGAGGAAACGCUGUGAAGUCUGGGGAGAAAAUCCCAAUCCCAAUGACUGGAGGCGAGUCGAUGGUUGGCCAGUUGGGCUGAAAAAUGUUGGCAAUACAUGUUGGUUUAGUGCUGUUAUUCAGUCUCUUUUUCAAUUGCCUGCAUUUCGAAGACUUGUUCUCAGCUACAGCCUGCCACAGAGUGUACUUGAAAAUUGUCCCAGUCACACCGAAAAGAGAAAUAUCAUGUUUAUGCAAGAGCUUCAGUAUUUGUUUGCUCUGAUGAUGGGAUCAAAUCGCAAAUUUGUAGACCCUUCGGCAGCCCUCGAUCUCUUAAAGGGAGCAUUCCGAUCACCGGAGGAACAGCAGCAAGAUGUGAGUGAAUUCACACACAAGCUUCUGGAUUGGCUGGAGGAUGCAUUCCAGCUCGCUGUUAAUGCUAACAGCAAUCCCAAGAACAAAUCUGAAAAUCCAAUGGUGCAGCUAUUCUACGGUACUUUCCUCACUGAAGGGGUUCGUGAAGGAAAGCCCUUUUGUAACAAUGAGACCUUCGGCCAGUAUCCCCUUCAGGUAAAUGGCUAUCACAACUUAGACGAAUGUUUGGAAGGGGCCAUGGUGGAGGGUGACAUUGAGCUGCUUCCUUCCGACCAUUCAGUGAAGUACGGACAAGAGUGUUGGUUUACAAAACUACCUCCAGUGUUAACCUUUGAACUCUCAAGAUUUGAGUUCAAUCAGUCCCUUGGUCAGCCAGAGAAAAUUCACAAUAAGCUGGAGUUUCCUCAGAUUAUUUAUAUGGACAGAUACAUGUACAGAAGCAAAGAGCUUAUUCGAAGUAAGAGAGAGAGUAUUCGAAAGUUGAAGGAGGAAGUGAAAGUCCUGCAGCAAAAACUGGAAAGGUAUGUGAAGUAUGGCUCGGGCCCAGCCCGGUUCCCACUCCCCGACAUGUUGAAAUACGUGAUUGAAUUUGCUAGUACAAAACCUGCCUCAGAAAGCUCUACGUCUCAGAGUGACACAAGCAUGACAGCACCACUUUCUCCAGAGCAUUGCCCGGUAUCUGACCUGACAUCUAAGGAAAGCACAAGUAAAGAAAGCUCUUCUCAGGACGUUGAAAGCACCUUUUCUGGAGACUGUCUACACAAGUCUACUACAGUGACUACGCCACUGGCAUCUUCCCGGUCUCCUGUGUCAAUGCCUGCACACCCGGCUCCCCGAGCAGUCACAGAGGAGGAGAUCAACUUUGUUAAGACCUGUCUUCAGAGGUGGAGGAGUGAGAUUGAACAGGAUAUACAAGAUUUAAAGAACUGUAUUGCAAGCACUACCCAGACUAUCGAGCAGAUGUACUGUGAUCCUCUCCUUCGCCAGGUGCCUUAUCGCUUGCAUGCGGUGCUUGUUCAUGAAGGACAAGCAAACGCUGGACACUACUGGGCCUAUAUCUACAAUCAGCCCCGGCAGGUCUGGCUCAAGUACAAUGACAUCUCUGUGACCGAAUCUUCCUGGGAAGAACUUGAAAGAGAUUCCUACGGAGGCCUGAGAAAUGUCAGUGCUUACUGUCUGAUGUACAUUAACGAUAAGCUACCCCACUUCAGUGCAGAAGCAGUCGCAAAUGAAUCAGAUCAGAUGUUAGGAGAAUUGGAAGCCUUAUCUCUUGAACUUAAGCAUUACGUUCAGGAAGAUAACUGGAGAUUUGAACAAGAAGUAGAGGAGUGGGAAGAAGAGCAGUCUUGCAAAAUUCCUCAAAUGGAAUCUACCAACUCAACAUCACAGGAUUUCUCUACACCACAAGAGCCUUCAGGAGCCUCUGCGCACGGGGUUCGCUGCCUGUCGUCCGAGCACGCUGUGAUUGUCAAGGAGCAGACCGCCCAGGCCAUUGCAAACACCGCGCAUGCCUACGAGAAGAAUGGCGUCGAGGCAGCCUUGAGUGAGGAAGCUGAACCCAAGAAUCCCCUGCCCCCGGAAACAGACUUUGCAGAGCAGUCAGAGCAGCCCCCAGAGGCUCGCGAUGCAGACUCUGCCGCCCCGCCUCACUCUGAGGUGUCUGAAGUCGAGAUUCCCAGUGUGGGGAGGAUUCUGGUUAGAGCUGAUGCAGACGGAUAUGAUGAGGAGGUGAUGCUGAGCCCUGCCAUGCAAGGGGUCAUCCUGGCCAUAGCUAAAGCCCGUCAGACCUUUGACCGAGAUGGGUCUGAAGCAGGGCUUAUUAAGGCAUUCCACGAAGAGUACUCCAGGCUCUACCAGCUGGCCAAGGAGGCGCCCUCCUCUCACAGCGACCCUCGGCUGCAGCACGUGCUCGUCUACUUCUUCCAGAAUGAAGCACCCAAAAGGGUGGUGGAGCGGACCCUUCUGGAACAGUUUGCAGAUAAAAAUCUGAGCUAUGAUGAAAGGUCCAUCAGCAUCAUGAAGGUGGCGCAAGCUAAGCUGAAGGAGAUCGGUCCAGACGACAUGAAUAUGGAGGAGUACAAGAGGUGGCAUGAAGAUUAUAGUUUGUUUCGAAAGGUGUCUGUGUAUCUCCUGACAGGCCUGGAACUCUAUCAGAAAGAAAAAGAAUCUGCAGCUGUGCUUAGGGGAAUUUCUACCCAGGCUUCUAGAUCCUUCUGCAGAAAUCAUUGUAUUGAAGGAGCCUCCAACUAUUCGACCCAAUUCUCCCUAUGACCUUUGCAGCCGGUUUGCAGCCGUCAUGGAGUCGAUUCAAGGGGUUUCAGCUGUGACCGUGAACUAAGCGGUCAUGUGUUCAGGGCCUGCCCUGGUCUUGGUUGCCUGCCCGUUGAACAGAAGUCUGUUGCCCAGUGUUUACCUUGGGAGAGGAAUUAGGUGAAAAGGAAGAUCCAGAUCCAGACCCCAACCAUGCUGUGUGUGUAACAGGAUUGGAAAUAAAACUGCCCUUUUCAGGAGCAGACUCACUGCCGCGCUUUCCUGAAAGAGGCAGGGGCAGCGAGAGGGGUGUUGAAUUAUGCGGGAGACCCGAGGGGGCCUCUUCUACCCACAGGAAUGCGUGUGCUUUUCUAAGCCUCUGCCACUUUUUAAAUUGCCCUUCAGCCAUCAAUAUUUUUGACAGAAUAGAAGGGUGAGCCAUCGGAACCUGAACCAGAUGAACAGCUCCUCCUUAUUACAGAUGACAUUUGAAAAUUCUUAACUGCCAGAGAUAAGAAAUAGAAACCUCGCCUGGCUCUUGGCAGGAUGGCAAGUCAGGUUACUGAUAAACCACUGCCCUUUUACGUGUGGGUAGAAUACAAGGUCAUGUGGCCAGAAGAUGCGGAAAAGUCAGAAGAAAGCUGCCUCUCCUUUCUUCUCUCUCUUUUAUUUAUAUUUUUAAUUAAACCAGAAAACCUCCUGAGUGACAGAAAGGAAAGCAUGAAGGACGUUAGAUGGAAUAACAUUGUGAAACUUGACUAACGGUAGUGGGUUUGUGUGGUUUUCUUUUUUAAAUGGGAAAGUGAAUGUAUGUAAACUCUCGGGUGUUUCCUACUGUUGAUCCUGUUCUUUUUGGUGAGGGAGCCUUUAUUUUAUUUUUUUAAUUUAAGUAUAGUUGGUAUACAAUAUUAUAUUAGUUUCAGGUGUACAGUAUAGGGAGUCGACAUUUAUAUGCCCACGAUGUGAUCAUCGUGCUAAGUCUAGUAACCAUCUGUCACCAUGCAAACUUACCACAAUAUUACUGGCUGUAUUUCCCUUUACCUGUUUCACUCAUCCCUCCCAGUACCACCAUCCCCAACAAAACAAAACAAAAACAGGCCCAUAGAAACAGAAAUCAAACUGAUGGUUAAAGAUGGCAUUUUUAUAAUUGUUAACCAUUUAAUUUUCGAGGGCCUGAAAAUCGUCAGAAACAUGUCUAAGGCUGCUGCUGACCCAAAAGAACAUUUUGAUGCCCUCUCCCUUUUUGUUUUGGAAAAAUAAAGGAUGUGGGUUUGUAAAAAGAAAAAGAAAUCUAUGUGUAUAUUUAGAGAAAUAUCUCCUGUUGACCAUUUUUAAAAGGCUCCAGUUUGGAUAUUGUGUUUUAACGGAAUUUGCAAAUUAAAGGAAUUGUGGGAGGGAAGAACACUUGAUACCACUAUGCAGAUUUUAUAAAUGUGCAAUAAAAGCAUUUGUUUUACCUUU